UGACGUUUUACUAAUCCAAAGUAAGUAGUAAGAAAUACCAAAAUGUCCUUACUGGCAAUAAAAACUUCUGCUCUUAUACCACCGUUGUCUAAUACCAGGACAAUAUAUGGACGAUGUCGCACGGGCAACAGAGAUUUGGUGGGCUUUGGAAUAAACGGAUGCGCCAAUUAUAAAGACGACGCUCACUUCCCAUUCCCGGCUGUAAGGUUUAAGGAAAACACUAGAGACAUUUGUGCUCUCCGUGAAAAAGAAAGAGGUGAUUGGAAGUUGUUGUGCUGUGAAGAGAAGAAAGCACUGUACCGUGCCUCUUUCUGCCAAACGUUUGCUGAAUUCCAACACCCCACAGGCACGUGGAAGUUCGUCCUCGGUGGAGUAUUCUUCCUGACAUCAUUCGCUUUUUGGGCAGCGAUGUACAAUCACUACUACGUUGCUGGUCCCUUACCAGCUUCACUGUCGAAAGCAUCUCAAAAAGCACAGCUUAGAAGAAUGCUAGAGAUCCGUGCCAAUCCUAUAGACGGUAUUUCAUCGAAGUGGGACUACGAUAAUGACAGAUGGAAGUAUUGAUAACCGAACGACUUAUGAUGGUGCAGUAAACGAGAUAUAUAUGUGUUUAUUCAGUUGUUAUAUCCAUCUGCAUAUCCUAUAGUUAUUAUUUGUAUAAUAUUCAGAUUAUUCAGUCAUGUAAUUCUUGUUUAUUUUUAAUAAAGUUGUGU